GGCGCCUUCCUGCGGCCGCCGCUCCCGCUCCGCCGCCCCGGCCCGGCCAUGCCGCGCCUCCUCCUCCUCCUCAUCUUCCUCCUCCUCGUCCCGCGCCUCGGCCGCGCCACCGCCCCCAGCCCGGGGAACAGCACGGAGCCGCCGCGGGCGGUCACACGGAACGAGACGCAGUCGGGAACGGAGCACAAAUCCGGGCCGAGGCUGUCGGUGGGGUCGGGGCUGCCGGUGCUGAGGCGCGCCGUGUAUGUGCUGAGCGCUCUGUCGGCGCUGGCCGCCUUCUACUUCAUGCUGCGGGCGUUCCGCCCCAGGUCCGAGGGCCCCAGAAACGAGCCCAAAACUCAUUUCAGGUUGAAGAAGCCCCAGAGGAAGAAGUACGGGCUGCUGUCGAGCCAGGACGAGAAUAUCGAGCUGGGCUCCCUCGACAGCGACGAGGACACCGUGUUUGAAAGCCGGAACCUGAGGCGAUGAUUCAGGACCAGUGGCACUGACUGAAUGAUGGAGGGUCCAAUCCCAGUGGAAUCUUUAGUGCUCAAGUUUUCUAUCUGCUUACAGUGACUUCACUAACAGUCUGAGCCCUUCCAUAGCUGGGGCAGGGGAGAGGGGACCAAACCUGUUUUCUUCACAUGCAUUUUUUUGGGGACAUUUGUGGGUAAAGAUGGGAGCUGUUCACUGCAUGGGGAAAGGCUUGAGGUAAAGGAGAUGCUCUUGGAGGAUUUUAAGCACCUGAAAUCUGAGCUCCAGAGCUGCCCCUGUGCCUCAUACCCUUCUCUCCAUGCCCUGGAAGCAUCAGAUCCCUUCUCCAGGCUGAUCCUCUUUCCUUCAUGCAAUAUCAGGUUACUUCUUUGGGAAGUGUCUCUGUAAUCAGCUUCUGGGAGGAGCUGUGAGAGCUCUGGCUCUGUUACAGGAACGGGGGUGGGAGGGUGAUAGCUCAGACAGAGCAGCUUUGGGAAGGAGUUAAACGAGUUACAUUUUGCACGAUUGGCAAUUCCUGGGACAAUCCAGGUCAUUCACGGGUUUACAGAAAUGAAAGGGGCCAAAACCCAAAGGAAUCUUUCUCCAAAAGGGCUGGGAAUGCCUGGACGCUGCCCAGCCCCAGCUGUGAGCUCACCAGGGACACGUGUGACAUCUGCCAAGCUCUGGAUACCUGAGGAAGAGCCAGAUGUGAGCCAGGGAGUGUCUUGGAGCAGCUGAUGACUGGAAAAGGGGGACCCCAACCCCUCCUGACUGUGAUUCAGGGCAGCCCUGGAUGAGCUCUCUCCUCCCAAGGACCCUGGAGUUUCAUUCCCUUGGCUGGUACUCAGCUGGCAUCUCUCCUGCAGCCCAUUUUUACGUGGAUAUUUGGGAUGUGAUUGUGUAGGACCAAAGGUGAAUGUGUCAGGAGGUGUUUUUUGGGUGGAUUUGCUGCUAAAUCGGUGAAAACUGCUCACCAGUGCUUCUGUCUGUGGCCUUUCCUUGAAAACUGGCAGCACAUCCUUCAAUCCCACUUCCCCCCAAGCUGGUAGAGUGCCUUUGGAGAACCAGAGGGAUUCACCCUGCGGGCAGGGAGGGUCCCCGUGGCACAUUUAGGGUGAAAAAUGAGGAUAUUCACCUUUAGGGUGAGUCUUUGGGAUGUCUGGCUCCUUUCCUUUGGCUUGCAAACCCCCUGUGGAUCAGGGGCACCCAUGGCUCUUGGAGAAGGGACAGGGAUGUGCUGAUCCUGAUCAGGGGGAGGCUGGGGGCUGCCAGAUGCUGCAGGAUCUGCUGAGGGAGUGCUGUGAUGCUGUGCAAGCAGCAGUUUGUCUGUCAGGACAGGUGAGGUUUCCUGGAGAAAUCCCACCCUCGUGGCAGCCCUGUCUCACGUGUGCACAAAGGAUUUUAAAAUACACACAUGUACUUUUUUAAUAACGUUGCCAUGUGCACACAGCUCUUGCAUGUGCCCCAUUUUCCUGUUGUUUUUGAUCGUUUCACACCUAUUUUAGGUGUUCCCUGCCUUGUGGGAGCAGGCAGAGGUUCCAUGUGGGGAUUGCUGGGAUGGCUCCACCUGGAUCAGCUUCUCUGGGGAUGAUUUGAGCUCUGUGAAGAUCUUUCUUCAUCCUGCAGGGCUGCAUGUGCUGGUAAAAUUCCCUGGCUGUUUUAAUCUCUCUGAAAAGUUGUUCCUUGUGCUGCUGGAGCCUGACUGUCCCACUGGCAUGCUCAGUGUUUGACCCACACAUUCCUCAUCCCUCCUUCACCUGGAGCAUUCCUUAAGCUCCCCUCUUGUUGGGCAGCUGGGGUUUGCAAUUCUCAACUUUCCUCACCUCCCACGAGUGGAGCAUUUGUUUAAUGUUAAAUUAUUCAGAUCAGAGGGAACCUCAAGCAGUAGGUCUUGCCUUGAAAAUAAUUCUGCUGCAAUUAAUUUUGGCUGGAACAGAUGUUUGUGUUUGAGCAGGGAAAGGCGUGGAGCAGGUGAUGAGGUGCCUGGGAAAGAAAUUGAUGUGCCAACCUGGAAUUUCUACACCACUUCCACGUUUUCAGAGUCCUCCUGGCCACCUUUAAGGGGUGCAGGGUACAAAGGUGCUUGUGGGGCUGUCACUUGUCCAGACAGGUUGGAGCUGCAAUCAGGGACCCUGUGAAGCUGUUUCCACUUCCAUCCUGCCCCUCAGCAGCAGCUGGCAUCUGGGUUUGCCCUUUGCAGGCUGUGACAUUCCAUCCCUGCUGUGCUCUGAGCCCUUGGAGACCUUUUCUAGGAGGAGAAAACCCAAGUGACAGAUCUGAGACUCCUUGGGAUGCUCAGCAUGAUCCAUUUCUCUGGCAAGAAUCAGCUGGAUCUGGCACUUCUGCAGUGUGAGCAGUGCCAGGGGGCUUUGGGGUGAAUCCUGCAAAUAACAGCAGCUUUGAACACCUCAUGUGACAUUUCCACAAAGGAGCAGUUCAGGUGUUCCUUCCAUGACUCUUUCAGUUCCUCCAUGUGUAUUUGAUACCCUUGUUUUAGGUCUCUUUGCCCCAGCUGGAUCUUCAGAUUUCCAGUUGUUUUUCAUGCUAAACACAGGAAUGCAAACAGACCCACCUGUGCCUGGUCCUGGGCAGGCUGAGGCUUCACCAGGCACUGCUGCACUUUUAUUUCUCCUGGGUGCCUCAGGGUGUUGGUGGAGGUUCCACGAGCCUGUUGGGCUGCAGGAUUCCUGCUCAUCCCACCAAAAAGAGCCAAUGGAUCACAACUUGCAACAGUCACCACCUGUGUGCAUCGUGGCUACGACAGUCUGCUCUGAAUUAAACCAAAUUUUCCAAAGUUUA